UCGCUUCCUCGCCGAGCGGCCCGAGGGGAAGGGGCGCGCGCGCGCGUGUCUGCGCUGGAGGGCGAUGGCGGGGGCGGCGAGAGUCCUGUGGCGGGAGAGCCGCCGCCGCCGCUGGGGCCCACAGGCCGCUCAAGCGACGGCGCUGGUGGGCUUCCCUCAGUUGCCGGGUUGCAGACAAAAAUCCUCACACAGUUUACUUAGCCGUCCUGAUAAUCCAAACCUAGCCUAUCACAAGCUAAAAGGCAAGAAUCCUGGGGUUGUCUUCCUCUCAGGUUUUCUUUCAAAUAUGAAUGGCAACAAGGCACUUGCACUCGAAGAAUACUGCAAAUCAGUGGGCCACGCUUUUGUAAGGUUUGACUACAGAGGCUGUGGAAGUUCAGAAGGCGAUGUUAAAGAAUGUACAUUGGGAAAGUGGCGGAAGGAUGUACUUUCAGUAUUGGAUGAACUCACACAAGGACCACAGAUUUUAGUUGGUUCCAGUUUGGGCGGAUGGUUGAUGCUUCAUGCUGCAAUUGCUCGUCCAGAGAAGGUGGCUGCGCUAGUUGGAGUAGCUGCAGCGGCAGACUAUCUAGUAUCAACUUAUCAACAGCUUCCUGUAGAGUUAAAAAUGGAAAUUGAAGAAAAAGGUGAAUGGAAGGUGCCAACCAAGCACAACGAAGAAGGGGUUUAUUCUGUGCCAUAUGGACUCAUCCAGGAAGCAGAAAAUCACUGUGUGUUAACUAGCCCUCUUCCCAUAAAAUGUCCUGUGAGGCUUAUCCAUGGCAUAAAAGAUGAGGAUGUCCCGUGGGAGACUUCUAUGAAGAUUGCAGAACGCGUUGUUAGCACAGAUGUGGAUAUUAUUCUCCGCAAAGCUGGUCACCAUCGGAUGAAAGAGAAGGAAGAUAUCAAACUUAUCGUAUACACAGUGGAAGACUUGAUUGAGGAGCUCACCACUUAGCAUGAAUUCCCUAAUGAGAGAAGCAGAGGUAGUUUACAUGGGCUCUGUUGCUCAGUUGGGGCAGCAGGACAUUUCAGAGGGUAACUGGUCAGCUAGAUGCACUUGGAGCCCUACCAUGGUUUCCUUGCUUAGUUUUCUUCUCUUUUUUGUAAAUACUCUUAACGAUGCAUUUGCACAAGUAAUAAUGUGAAGAAAAUGCUGCUGUUUAAACCCUUCUGCUCAAUGCAAAUCACCACUGACCUUUUAUGCAACAUACAUUUCCUAUAUUUUUAUACCCGGGUAUUUUUGUGCCAAUGAUUAUUACUUGCAGUAUGGUGUGACUUUUUCACCCUUUUGUACACCUUAAAAAUAAAUAUGCAUUGUAAAGUUUUCCCACUUGAGUUGUGAAAUAUAACUUGACAGUCAAACUUUCUAGAAAUGUACCUGAAAUAUAUGUGCAAUGUUUGUUAUUUCUAGCAUGAAUGAAUGCACCUGGUUUUCAUAGUGUAGACAGAAUUAAAAGGUAAGGAGAAUGCAUACUUAAUAUUGAAUUAUUUAAAAUGGGUUUCAAUUAUUGAUGUACUUCCUAUAAAGGAGUUACAUGCCACUGGAACUGUUCCUUAUUAUUUUUUAACUCAGUCACCAAAGGAAAAGCAAAAACAAGUAUCUUUCCACCAAAGAAAGAACAUGUGUUGGAGGAAUUUCACGUUCAGAAGCCUAAACACAACCGGAAAUUACAAUGAAUGAGGCUUGAUUCCAGCUGUGUGUAGGGCCUAGUAUUUAAGUGUGCUUUACAUGUAAACAAGUCAAAGAUUGCUGUUCCUUUUUGAUAAACUUCCGCAGGUAGUCUGCCAAAGAAGAUCAGAUUUGUAAUGUGAACUUUUGUGUAAUUUCACACGCCUGAUCUUGUGGUUGUCAAUGCUUCCAUUUGCCAGUGGUGAGGAUCGUCAGACUUUCCAAAAAAACAAGACCUGGUUUGCAGAUAGAAUUGUGUUAUAGGAAUUGCUCUGUGCUGGUUAUAAGAUUGUUACUAGAUAAUACUGUUAGACAUGUAGUCUUGAGGAAGCCAUUCACCAUGGAAUCCUAAGGUUAACGUUUCUCAUUGUUCUUGGUUUUUAACUACACAACAUACCCUUUCUUAGGUGAGGGGAAGCAGGUCUUUUAUCAUUCAUUCCUAAUAAAAAACAUUUUAUAUAAAGUUCAUUCUAAUAUUAAAAGAUUUAUACUUGAAGCCACAUUUCUGCAGCAGAAAGGCAGUAUUACUAGAUCAUGCAACUAAAGGUUCAAAUGUGGGGUGACCUAUUAUGUUGUGAUUCUUGGUUAUAAUCAAAAACCUUAGCGGUUGGUUCAUGUUGCUGGUUAUUGCAGGUAGAAUUGCCCUGACUAUAUGACAUUUCUUUAAAGGAUAUGCUCCCUGUGUACGCAGAGGGCUGUUUCACUGGAUUCUAAUCAGUGUGUGAAAUGCAGAAAAGUAAAACCUUUACUGAAUAAUAUAUGGAAGAAAUAAGUUCUAAAUUAUGGUGUGGUUUUUUGCAGCGUUUAACCAGAUCUUACAUUAAGUUCUUACAUGUGGAAAACCCUACCAUCUCAGAAGGUGUUAUUCCCAUUGAGACUCUUCAGCAAUUGAGAGUUCAUUGGUGCACCUUAAGGAUUCUCAACACAGCAUUUCACAUCUCUAGGGAAGAGGAUGCCUUUAAUUGCAAGGUUGCAAACGUAGUUUUUCAACUUGAGAAUGUGAUGGUGCAUGUCAACACUAGCCUGGGUGACCUGAGUUUGAACCUGUCGAAUAACAUAAGCAUAAGUCUGUAGUGCACCUGUAGUUUUCUGUAAAAUAAAAAAAUUCCUUCAGUAGCACCUUAAAGACCAACUAAGUUUUUAUUUUGGUAUGAGCUUUCGUGUGCAUGCACACUUCUUCAGAUACAGUUUUCUGUAGUUUUCUGGAUGACAUUGAACCAUCCUGUAAUCAAGAAUAUUGAAUAAGUACAUCUGAGGACAUUUAUUAUUAUUUCUGAGUACUUGAUAUGAGAACUGUCGCUGAUAAUAUCUAUAUUUGGCUACAACCAGUUAAUACUUAUGAGGUACAAGAAAAAGCCUUUUAUCAUAGCCCUUUAUGCAAUUGAAGAGUUGCCUUUUUCAAUUUGGGUAGAUUUUGUAUCAGCUCUUGGUUUCUUCUAUCUUGCUGUUGUAUAUCUCCACAGCUACUUGUGCUGGUGAGAGGUUGGAGCAUAGAGAAUGGUCCCAUACUAUAGAAAGUCAAUGAUAAAACAGUUAUCUCAAAUUUAUAUUAAAAGAAAUGCCAUAUACAUGGAAGUGCAUGUGUAGUAGAAACUUGUUUUAGGUGCUAGAAAUUAAUCCACCAUAUGGGCUUUGAAAGGAAUAAAAUGACGCUGUCCAAACUAUAACCUGAAUUGAACUGUAGUGACAAAAAGUAGCUCUUCGUUAACAUUCUUAUGCAAUUAUUCAAUACGUUUAAUAAUAAAAAGGAGAUGCUGUUCUGAAGUGUGUUUUUAUACAAUAUACGACACUAUCCAACUAGACAAUUGAAUGGCUUACCUAUAAAGAGUUUUGAGUGGGAUGUUUUACUCCUCAAGCAGCUAAACCACUGCAGGACUUUGUCCUCUGAAUUUCUUUCCUCCUCCCCUGACUUAAAACAUGCUUACAUUUUUCAUAGUACUUUUUCUGGUUUAGUCGAAUGGCCGUGCUAAAAUUACUCUGGUGCAGACUGUAAAGGAGUGGAAUGUCCGUCAUAGUGUAUAUGCAAUGCUCUUGACUGGACCAUUGAACCAGUAGUAAGAAAAAGGUCAGCUGAUUACUUACUACAGGCCUGGAGUAUGGCCUAUGCUUUUCAUACAUAUCUUGGAAGCAAGUUCAGUGGCAGCCUGAGGCAGCACUGGCUGCUUGUUCCAGUAUAAAAUGUUACUGAGUAACCAGUUCACCAUGUUCCAAAUGUGUAGAUCUAAUCUUAUGCUCCUGAUAGUAUGUUGAUUUUUGCUUGCCUAUAUAUCAGUUCCUUCAGGAAAUUCAGAUCCUAAAGUGGUUUAGAUUCUAUACACAGAUUACCAGCAAUAGUUCUUCCCUACAGCUUUAUAAUCUGAACGACUACGUCAGGGGAAGGGGAGAGGACAGGGAAGCAAAAAUGGAAAAUACUUUUUCAUAAAACUACAUAAAUGUUUAUUGAUAAGGUGCAAGAGACAAUUCUAGGAGUGAAGAAACCAGCUGGCAUUUCAUCCCAGCGAAGAUGAGAGUGGACAUUGUCAAAGCUUACUGCAGUCAAUAACUGCUGAAUAUUUUUUCUUCUUCAUUGGAAAUAAAGCUUGAAAUUCAAAAUGCAUUUUGAAUUAACAUGACUUUAAGAAUCCUUGUGUAGUGAUUACAGUGUUGUGCAGUAGCUAAAAAGGUAAUAUUUAACAUCUAUGAGUCAGUCUUUGGAAGAAGCUGCUACCUCACAAUCGUAUCCUUAUCUGAACUAGUGGUAUAACACUAGUUUGCUUUACUUUGUAUUGGUGACAGAGGAAUGUGAGAUCCCUGUUGGACUUCACCAAAGGCCUAUUGAAUCCAGCAUCCUUUUAUCUACAGUAGCCAACCAGUUGCCUAACAAAUGCACAUAAGCAGGAAAUGAGAGCAAUGUAUA